AUGGAGCUUGAACUCUUCAGCAUCACAGUCUUGGGUGGGUCCAGAUGUGGCAAGACGACUCUCAUCAAUGCCUUCGUCAACAACUACUGCCCUACGGUCUUGGAGGAGACGGCUUCUGCACCGCUCUACUACAAGACGCUGAACGUGACUUCUGCAGGAGGCGAAGCGGCUGCACCACCCCAGCCUGCUGUCAUAGAGAUCGAGGACACCUUUGCUGCGGCACACGAGAAGGGGCAGCAUGUAGAAACGUUCCUGAGGAUGGACAGGUCGAUGUAUGCUGAAGGGGACGCCGUGGAGCUGCUGCAAGGUUAUGACAUGCCCGAGGUUGACGAGUAUCGCCCAUUGUCCAACCGAAGAAUGGCAUUCAUGCUUGUCUUCGACUGCAGCUCGGAGAUGUCACUGAAGGAGGCACAAGACCUUCACAGCGCUCUGAGAAUGGACAUCGACAGCACCCUAAGACCCGUGGUGUGCCUGGUGGCAAAUCGUUUAGAUGCAGACACUUCAGACGGCGAGCAUCGACGCAUGGCGCAAAGAUACGCCAAAGACAGCAACAUCUCCUACUUCGAGCUCUCUGCUUAUGAUCUGAAGAAGGUGAAGCAGCUUUUCCGCAGCGUUCUGGCCGAGGUCUAUGCGAAGGGAGACUUGUGGAGGCACAUGCAACAGAGACGGAAGGCGUUUAGCCGCGUCGAGGACAUUGACAAAAAUGAGUUCGACAAUGAGAACGAUCGGGAGGCCCGGAAGAAGGCUGAAGAGGAGGAAUUCACACGUCUGGCCCGAGAGGCGGCUGAGGCAGCUCAGGAGAACAAGGCGCGAACUUCGCGAAUGGCUCGUGCAGCAGAAGCCGCGCAGGCCGAACAGCGGCAGGCGGAUCCGCAACUGCGACGAGCGAGCGAGGUGCUCCCGGCGUCGAAAGAGCAAAAUCUCCGCACAGAGGAGGCGCCAGAGCCAGUACUAUCUGGGGAUGAGGAGGUGCCUCCUGAACCAGCUGUCCGAGCAACAGCAAUUGCCCCCCCAGCCCCGACUUUGACGAAGCCACGGCUGCGUUGGGCUGGACAGGUCAACAAGGGCUCCACAUCAACGAAUGCGCCACCCUUGCCUCCGCCAUCUUCGCCCCCCGCAGGAGCAGACAGUCAAACCGCAAGUGAAGAUCGCUUCGGUCUUGCUGGCAGCCGCGUCUGGUUGGCUGUGUACCUGCAAUGGAUGGUUACCUCCAUCGUUUUUCUCCUAAGCUGGCAGGUGGCCAUGAUUGCAGCUGCGUUUCUGGUAUUCAUGGGCACUCACGUCUUGGCUGUUUCUGCCACCGGUGGCAUUCUCUUGGCUGUCCGCCGGACAAGGCAGAGAGCGAAUCGUCCUUCAGCAAGUUUGGUGGUGUGCAAGGGCCAGUUGCUGGACAAAGUUGAGAACAAAAAGGAACAAGCUCGCAAGGAGCUGCCAGACAAGCCGGAGGUGAAGUCAGUUGCCUCACCUGCGUACUCGAAGGUCCCGCCAGUGGUGGAUGCCAGAGACACCGAGAUUGAUGGCUGGACAUUUUUCGCCAGGUUCUCCGGCGCAUUGUGGGAAACGUUCAUUGAUGUUGCCACUUCGCGCAGUCCACGGGAACAGAAGGGGUGGGAAUAUCGGAAAGGAAUCGAAGGCAUGUCCAUGGGAAGUAUGGCCUAUGAGAUGAUGACUACGUCUGAAGACACGGAGGAGUUUAAGGAAUUAUCCAAGGAGUACCAGUCCGGCUAUGGAGUGCCUUUUCUCAACCUCUCCUUUCGCAAGAUCACUGCCGCGACAAGGGACUUCAGCAAAGACGUCGGCCUAGCUGGUCCUUGGCUGACCUUGAUCAAUGUUCUGCAAACCAUCGGUGUCAGCGGAGACCUAAUUGACGGCAUCCCUGUGCAGAACAAGUGGAUCAACAUCGUUCGUGACAACCUUGAUGACUUCCAGAAGCAGGAUCCAGAGCAAGGGCAGCGGCAAGCGGGGGACCUCAUGCAGAACAUGAUCAUGGGCCGAAUGGAAAGGAUCACCGGUGCACCUAUGCCGGUGUUUCUGGAAGGUUAUGGAGAAAGCGAAGGAAUUUACAAGAUUGUGAUUGGGCCCCGGUCAGUGGUGGUCGUUUCGGAUCCUGUGGUGGUCAAGCGCAUCCUGACGAGCUCGCCGGAGCUCUACACCAAAGGGAUCCUCACGGAAGUCUUGGAGCCCAUCAUGGGCCGCGGGCUCAUCCCCGCCGACCCUGAGACCUGGAGGCAGCGCCGCAGGGCAAUCGUCCCUGGCUUUCACAAGAAAUGGCUGAAGGAUGCGACUGAGCAGAUGGUGGAGUGCGCAGUGAACCUCGCUGAUGACGUGGAACGCUCGAUUUCCAUGUCCUCCUCGAAGGUGGCCGAGGUCAACAUGGAGGAGAAGUUCACCUCUGCUUCCCUCGACAUCAUUGGCAAGGCCAUCUUCCACUAUGACUUCGGCUCAACGACGCACGAGUCGCCCCUUAUCCGCGCCGUCUACAACCUUCUGCGAGAGGCGGAGCGACGUGCCCAGUCGGUCGUGCCGUACUGGAAUCUACCGGGUGCCUCAGCCGUGUUUCGAGACCAGAAGGAUCACAGCGAAAACUUGGCGUUGGUCAACGCUGUGCUCGAUGAGCUCAUUCGAAACGCUCUAGAGGACCCUCCAUCAGAGGACCAAAAGCUGUCCUUCCUCCAGUUUCUGGUCAUCACCAAGGGAGAGGAUGUGACCACAAGGCAACUACGUGAUGACUUGAUGACGCUGCUCAUCGCUGGUCACGAAACGACUGCAGCCAUGCUGACUUGGACCCUCUUUGAGCUCGUGAAGCCUGAGAAUGCGCAUUUCUUGCGUGAAGUACAGGAGGAGGUUGACAGUGUCCUUCAGGGGCGAAAUCCAACCUUUGAGGAGCUGACCCAGCUGCCUGCGCUCCGUGCUUGUCUCAUCGAGGCAUUAAGGCUCUAUCCAGAGCCCCCCUUGCUGAUUCGCCGCUGCAUUGCUGGAGACGACGUGCCGGUGGGACCUUUGUGUACCGACGUUCGCUCCGAGACGGUGUCUUUCCUGCCCGGGCAGGACAUCUUCAUCUCAACAUGGUCGCUGCAGCGCUCUGAAACCUUGUGGGGCAAGGAUGCAAACUCUUUCAACCCGCAUCGCUGGAAGGUGAAUGGGAAUGGCCUCUGGCAGGGCUACUCGCCAGAGAAGUCUUCCGUCUACCCGGACGAGAGGGCCUCUGACUAUGCAUUUUUGCCGUUCGGCGCCGGCUCGCGAAAAUGCGUUGGAGACAACUUUGCGCUCCUUGAGGCAGAGGCCGUGCUGGUCGCCCUCGUCCAGCGCUUUGACUUCAAGGCGCCGCCUGACCGGAAGGUUGAGAUGACCACGGGAGCAACCAUCCACACUGCAGGUGGUUUGCUGAUGGAAGUGAGCAAGCGAACUGACCAGCGAGCUCAAAGUCACAGCCAAGGCCGCCAGGCCGUGGACAUGAAGGGCGUGGUCAACAUGGAGAAGAAAUUACGUGGAACGGUUGCACAGCGAAUUGAGCCGGAAGCUUUGGUCGUACCGACGGCCAGAGAGCUUCGCAUGCUUUUCACGGCGCAGAAGGAGGAUGUGCGAAGGCUUUCGCCGGAGCCCGAGCUUUUCGAGGCGUUGGAGAAGGCUUACAAGCAAUGCCAAGAGGUGACCAAGGAGUAUUCUAAAACGUUCUACCUUGGAUCGCAGCUUCUGGAUCAAGAUGAGCAGCGAGUCGUGUGGGCAAUCUAUAACUGGUGCCGAAGCACGGAUGAGUUGGUUGAUGGUCCGGAGGCGGCCAACACUACAAUGGCUGACCUUGAGGAAUGGGAAGAGCGACUCAACAGGAUCUUCCAGCUGGAGGUGCCUGCAGAUGGUGAUCCGGCCGAUUUGGCCAUGGUAGACAGCAUACGCAAGUUCUCUUUGAUUCAGCGGCCUUUCCAGGACAUGGUGGGUGGGAUGGCAAUGGAUCUUGUCAAGGAGAGGUAUGCCACCUUCUACGAGCUGGAGGUGUACUGCUACCGCGUUGCUGGCACGGUGGGAAUCAUGACAUUGCCAGUGCUCGGCUUUGAUCCCAUGCAGAACUUUACGGAGGAGAUGCAGGAAGAGACGAUUGCAGCGGCAAUGUCCCUUGGCGUCGCUUUCCAGCUGACGAACAUCCUGCGAGACGUGGGUGAGGAUGCCAGGCGAGGAAGGAUCUAUGUGCCACUGGAGGAUCUUGCUCGCUUUGGCAUUUCGGAAGACGAGGUUCUGGCGGCCUCACAGGCCGAGGACCUCUUGUACCAUGAGCAGAAGUGGAAGGAUUUCAUGGAGUUCGAGAUGAAAAGGUGUGAAGAGGAGUAUGAGAAGGCAAAGGCCGGCAUCGUUGGCCUCUCGGAGGUGAACCGUCUUGGUGUCAUGGCAGCGCUGUAUGUCUACGGUGACAUCCUGCAGCGUAUCCGAGAAAAUGGAUACGACAAUCUCAGCCGCAGGGCAUAUGUGCCUUUCAUUGACAAGGUCUUUUUGAUGGGCAAGGCUUGGCUGAAGUGCCAAGAGCUCAACAAGGUGGCUCAGGACAACAUUCGAAGUGGCAAAGUUUUCACACGAAAGAAGGAGCAUUGA